UGUAAGCUUAAGUCGACAUUAUCCAUCAUUACAGAGUUAGCUGGCUAGCACACCGCUACCCCAAAGACCACAGAAGCUGGGGAUAUUGGCUUUUCCCAAUUUAGCUGUCCUUUAGAGGAAGAUUGGACUCUUCUCUUCUCUUCUCUUCUCUUCUCUUCUCUUCUCUUCUCUUCUCUUCUCUUCUCUUCUCUUCUCUUCUCUUCUCGAUAUUAAAUGGAAGGACUAUACCAUGAUAUUUCCAGGAUUGCCUACUACACAGAAUAUGACAGACACUUAGCAGCGACAGUGUCUGCAGGGAAAACCAUGGCGACAGCCUACCUGGACCCCAACCUGAAUCAUACCCUCCUAGGAGGGGCCAAGUCGCGGCUGAGUGCAGGGGGAUCAGACCGAACCAUGGCCGGCUCUGUGGACAGGGUUCUGAAAGUCUUCCAUCACUUUGAGACCAACUGUGAAAACAGCUGCUGGUCUUCCAAUAUCAGAUAUGGAGAUGCAACUGAUGUCAGGGGGAUCAUCCAGAAGAUUUUAGACAUCCACAAAGUGCGCUGGACUUCGUGUUUUGGCCUGCGUCUCAGUAACGGCAUGUCCAGAGAGCAUGUGCAUUGGCUCCACCCAGAUUUGGGCGUGUCCCAUGUCAGAGAGAAAUAUGAACAAGCGCGUCCAAAUGAAGAAUGGAGGUAUGAGUUAAGAAUCCGAUAUCUACCAAAGGGCUUUGUGCAGCAGUUUACAGAAGACAAACCGACUCUCAACUACUUCUACCACCAGGUGAAGAACGACUACAUGACAGAAAAAGGGGAUCAAGUGGAACAAGAUGUAGCUCUCAAACUGGGCUGUCUAGAAAUUAGGAGGUUUUUUAAAGAGAUGAGAGGAAAUGCCCUCGACAAGAAAUCUAACUAUGAACUACUGGAGAAAGAUGUUGGUUUGAGGCGGUUUUUCCCAAAAGACCUGUUGGAUUCAGUUAAGGCUAAAACUCUUCGAAAGUUGAUUCAGCAGACGUUUAAGCAAGUAGCCAACCUCAACGAUGAGCAAUGCAUCCUGAAGUUCUUGGAGAUACUUGCACCAGUUUACCGCUUUGACAAGGAGUUCUUCAAAUGUGCCCUUGGGUCCAGCUGGGUGAUCCAGGUAGAAUUAGCCAUUGGGCCAGAGGAAGGAAUCAGCUACCUCACUGACAAGGGGUCCACGCCCACCCAUCUAGCAAAUUUUAAUCAAGUCCAGACCAUCCAGUACUCAGCUAUGGAGGAAAAGGACAGGAAGGGUAUGCUACAACUGAACGUAGCCGGAGCUGCUGAGCCUCUUACAGUUACGACAGCGUCUCUCACCAUGGCGGAGAACUUGGCUGACUUAAUUGAUGGUUACUGUAGACUCGUAUCCAUGGAAACUCACUCCUUCAUCAUCAGAGUUCAGAAAGAGGGAGAGAGAGCACUGCCUUCCAUCCCAAAAGUUUCUAAUAAUGACAAAAAAUUAGAAGCAGUCAGAAGUGGAGUAAGAGCGAUCUCUGUCUCAGAAGAUCUUAGUGGGGAUGAGACUGAUGACUAUGCAGAGAUAGUUGAUGAAGAGGACACCUACACCAUGCCCUCAAUGAGCUAUGGAGUAGUUGAAGCGCGGGACUAUGAGAUCCAGAGGGACAGGAUAGACUUGGGCCGUUGCAUUGGCGAGGGUCAGUUUGGCGAUGUACAUCAAGGAGUGUACAACUGUCCAGACAAAGCACCUCUAGCUGUCGCCAUCAAGACCUGUAAGAACUGUACCUCCGACAGCGUUAGAGAAAAGUUCCUGCAAGAAGCAUUGACAAUGCGUCAAUUUGACCAUCCUCACAUUGUUAAGCUGAUCGGAGUGAUCACAGAGAACCCGGUGUGGAUCAUCAUGGAGCUCUGUACUCUUGGAGAGUUGCGUUCGUUCCUUCAGGUGAGGAAGUACAGUCUCGACCUGGCCACGCUCAUCCUGUAUGCGUAUCAGCUCAGUACAGCUCUGGCUUAUUUGGAGAGCAAACGCUUUGUACACAGAGAUAUAGCUGCACGGAACGUGUUAGUCUCUGCAGUCGACUGUGUGAUGCUCGGAGACUUUGGUCUGUCACGAUACAUGGAGGACAGCUCUUAUUACAAAGCUUCUAAAGGUAAACUUCCUAUUAAGUGGAUGGCUCCUGAAUCUAUCAACUUUAGGAGAUUCACCUCUGCCAGUGAUGUUUGGAUGUUUGGUGUAUGCAUGUGGGAGAUCUUAAUGUACGGCAUCAAGCCCUUCCAGGGGGUGAAAAACAACGAUGUGAUUGGCAGAAUAGAAAAUGGCGAGCGAUUGGCGAUGCCUCCCCAGUGUCCACCCACCCUCUACAGUUUGAUGACCAAAUGCUGGUCGUAUGACCCGAGCAAGCGACCGCGAUUCACUGAACUCAAAACACAACUCAGUACAAUACUGGAUGAUGAGAAGCUCCAAAAGGAGGAGAGACUUCGAACAGAAAUGAGGAGACAUGUCACUGUUUCCUGGGACUCGGGGGGUUCUGAUGAAGCACCGCCUAAACCUAGCAGACCAGGUUACCCCAGCCCUCGAUCCAGUGAAGGCUUGUUCAGCACCCCCCAGCACAACCACUUCCCGCCUCCUCCAACCCAAGGCGGUGUAGGAGGAGGAGUUGGAGGCAGCUACCCUCCUACUGAUUCCUGGAAUCAGCACAGACCUGAACAUGCAGCACCGUGGAGCCCAAUUACAGAGGACAGUGAUCAGGCUCUGAUGGAGGAGAGGCUGAUGAUGCAGCAGCAACAGAUGAAGGCUGACCAGCGGUGGCUGGAGAAGGAAGAGAGCUUAAUGAAGGGGGAGUCCAGAAACAGCAGAGGGAGCGUCGACAGGGAGGACGGCAUACUACAAACAUCGAGUGGAAGCCAAAUAAGCCAAAUAAUCUAUCAGCCUGUUGGGAAACCAGAACCUGUUGCACCUCCCAAGAAGCCGCCCCGCCCCGGAGCUUCAGCUCAUCUACCCAAUCUGCCAAGUCUCUGCCCCAUAGAAAGCUACAAUGAAGGGGUCAAGCCGUGGAGGUUGCAGCCUCAAGAGAUCAGCCCGCCUCCCACCGCCAACUUGGAUCGUUCCAAUGAUAAAGUGUAUGAGAAUGUGACUGGACUGGUUAAAGCUGUGAUUGAGAUGUCGAACAGUAUCCAGCCCGCUGCCCCAGAGGAGUACGUCCCCAUGGUCAAGGAAGUGGGUUUGGCUCUGAGGACUCUGUUGGCGACAGUGGAUGAGACGAUUCCUGUGCUGCCAGCCAGCACACACAGAGAGAUUGAAAUGGCCCAGAAGCUGCUCAAUUCAGAUCUGGCAGAGUUGAUAGCAAAGAUGAAACUGGCGCAACAAUAUGUUAUGACCAGUUUACAAAAGGACUACAAGAAACAGAUGCUAAUGGCAGCUCACGCUCUCGCAGUAGACGCCAAGAACCUGCUGGACGUCAUCGACCAAUCACGGCUCAAGAUGAUCAACCAGACCCGCCCACAUUAGCCCGGGAUCUAACCAACCCGGCAGUUUUUGAUGCAGUGAAUCCAAAUGCAGGACAGGGACAGAGGGGCAAGGAUUAUGGUGGUUCUUGGGAAUUUAAUAAGAAACUGAGAAGGAUCUACAGGUGGACAUUGCGGUGAAGGCCUGACGUGGAAAACUGAUGAACAACAGACAUGACUGAAACAAUCAGCCCCCCCCGCCCCCGCCCUCUUUCUGGAAAAAGUCAUGUUUUGGUCAAUAUUGUGUUUUGUACUUCAGCUGCAUUAUUGCCUUUUGUAUCCAGAGAGACGGUUUUCUGUCUCAUCACAUAUCCUCAAGACCCCCCCACCCCCCUUCCCAAAUCACUCAAUAUUCAUUUUUUAUUCUCUGAAGAUUCAAACAAAGGUUUCGGAAGCUCACUUGAAGGACUGUGCAGGUAUUUUGGUGCAUGGACCCACCAAUAUUUGCCAGAAGAGCACAUGACUGACACAAACGCAGGAGGCAGCAACUGGAACUGAAGAGCCUGCAUGAGGAUGAAGAUGGUUUCAUAAUGUUCUUUAAACAUGCUUUUAUAUUAUUAUUAUUAUUAUUAUUAUUAUUAUUAUUGUUGUCCAUUUUCUUUAACUUUGUAUGAGCAAAAAUUAUUGAUUUGCACCACAAUUGUCCUCCACCCCCACCCCCCCAUCCUCUUCUUACUCUGGACUUCUUUAUCUCAGGCAUGAAGAGCUGACAUCAAAAUUUGAUUAUUAAAGAACCAGCUAUAGGUCUUUUUGAAUUUAAAAACUGCUACAGGCCACUUUUUAAGUUAACUUGCAUUUUAAAUAUACAAAGAAGCUCUAUUUUUAACAUAUUUCUGAGGCAUGACUUGUUAGUGAAUAAUGAAUAUUGGAGACAGAUGAAUGGGGGGAGAGUGGAAGGGACAGGGAGGAUGUUUUUGAGUUACAGUGGAGGUGCUAAUUAUGAUGAUCAGUAGGUCAACCUGUGCCAAAUGAAUGCAUGUACCUUUAAAACAAUUUAUAUUUCAUUCAAAACGCUGUGAUAUUGCUUAACUGUGGAACACAAGAGCAGGUUUAGCAGCUGCUUAAUUUUUGUUUUUGUGCUUUUCCUCUACAACUAGUUUGUAUAUUAAAGCUAUCUGUACCAUGCCAUCAGUCAGGUUGUACCCUCUCUGUGUACACUAAACAAUAGUGUACAAUGUUUCAGAUUCUUUUUGUCUAAUUUUCAGGGAAUAGAAAGAGAAUUCAGUCUUCGUUUAUCGCUGACUGGGCUGAAACUUCGUUGGAGUCCUGCCCUCUAGUUGCAUCUGUAAACCACAAAUGUUUAUUUUAAACUAAGGGUAUGGGCCUUAUUCAUGGGUGGGUUUAUGAUUUCAAAUAUUCCAAAUCCUGUUUUCCUCCCCCAUCUUUCUACCUCCCUCCACUGUAGUUCUUUGCUUUUUAAAAAUCUUUCUCUUCUUCUGGUUUGCCACCCAACCUUUGCCCCUCUUUUAUCAAUCCUUCCCCUCACCUUUGUUGUCCCCUCCUCCCUCUGAUUCUCUCGCUGUUCCCUCUCCCCUGAGGUGAGCAAUAUUCUCAGGAAGGAGACACUUGUACAGUUGCUAAACCAAGCAAAUAAAACACUGUUAUUAUUAA